CGCGACGCCAUCUUUCAUGUUGUUGUAUCGAAUGCGGCUCUAUUACUUCCAUGGCGACGUUGUCGAGAUCUAAAGGGGCGCGAUCUGGUAAGUUUUUCAUAGAUAUUUUACAUGCAAGUAAAAUAGAAGGCUUUCCUCAUCAGAGUGUUGGGUUUUUUCUUUUGAAUAGCGUCUCCACUUAGGAACAGCACGCCAGACAAUCUACGUCGUUCUGGAAGCUUUGGUAAAUCGAGUGGGAAAAACUUACAUUUAGCUGCUUCGUUUGAUUCCAAAUCGAGGUGGGUAGAUUUUUUAAUUGCCACUGUUGCAAUUUAUUGCUGUGAUCAAAUUGGGUUUCAAUUUUAAUUACGUCGGUCCACUGUGGAGGAAUACCGUAAGGGAAUAGCGCAUGCACCUUUACCAAUAUUCUGUGCAUUCUUCAGUUGCUACAACUAUCAGUAGAUGUUUGCACAUCUUCUUAGAUCAUGAGCUAUUUUCAUGUGUGUGUCUAGGAUUCACGCCAAAACGACUUUUUGUUUUUAGAAAUAUCAUUAUGUUGACUUGAUUGACUUGCUGCCAAAAAAAAUGUAAAAAGUAUUUAAAUAACCUCAUUACUGAUAUUCAUGUCAGAGAUAUGGGAAAUUCAGGCUGCCAAACUUGGCACGAGAUGAAUUUUAAAUUUUUUCAACAAAUCACCAUUGGAUUAAAGAAAUGUAAAGCACGUUUUACUGAAGGAUCUGUUUUGUAUGAAUUUGUACGAAAAGUCAUGUUUAUGUGUAAUUUAAGCUACAGACAACUAUUUUUAAAGUUACUCUAUAUAAUUGUGUUUGGAUUAAUUAGUUAAAUACUGGAUCUACCAUGCAAAGUAAAUUAACACCUUCGAUUCGAUUGGUGUAAUCAGUAAUCAGUAAUUUUAAUUAGCAAACAUCCAGUGUUUAUAAAAAUAUAUAAAGUAGAAAGUGAACAAUUUCAUAAUGACUUUUUUUUUUCUUUUUUCUUUUAUUAACUUAUGGACCAUAUUUCUGUCAUCUUUGAUUAAUCUUCUAUGCUUUGAGAAAAUAACUUUUUGCUAGGAUUCAUUGGCUUCUUUCAUGUAUUGUGUCCCUUAGAGAAAGCCUUUAACUCACAUGACUGACCAAGACAGAAUUUCUCCUUACAAUAUCAAAGUAAUAUCAAGAAGACAAUUGAUAAGAAUCAAAAAAAUUAUCAACUAGGAAUUAUUGAUUGAUCCAAUACCAAAUUAUUGGAAAUAACAUGAUAAGAAACACCAGAGAGAAAUUACUCAUGAGAUCUUUGGGAGUGAAAGGGUCAACUUACUCUUAGAAUUUUCUGCUCUGUUAUAGCACCUAGACCUAAGCCUCAUAUGACAGAAGCACAGUAUUUAACCUCUGAAUAUGAAUUAUGUUUUUGUUCUCUUAUAGAAAACAUGCAAGAUCUUCCUCUUCCACGACUGAAAUUGGAAACAUUGAAAAUGAGUACAUUAGGAAUCUUCAACAACAGAUUUACUUCCUUGAAUUGGAAGCUAACUAUCUGUAUCCUUUAUACGACAGUGAUUUAAACCUUUAGUGUGGUAAUUUUCACUGCUUGAAUGCAGCAGAAAGGUUUCUUUAGAGGAUUUUUUUUUUAAGUCUAGAUUUUCUAUGCCAUACAAUAUAGAAAAAAAUUGGCUUUUUAUUCUGUAAGAGACUUUUCCAGAGAGAAUAUUUAAAAUUACAUAAAAGUCUAUACCUAUGCAUAACUAAUUAUUUUCUGGUGAUCAGUCACCAGUUUUUCUCAGUUUUGUAAGGAAAUUAUUGCAUAACUGAAGGGAAAAGCAGAACAAAAAUCCAUUUUAUUCAAGUGAAUUGAAUUGCAAUGUCUCUUUUACUCUCUAUUGUGCAUAGGCUCUACAUGUUAAUUUGGAAGGGAACAAAGCAGUUUUAAAAGCCACUUACAAAUAGGGCUUCAUAUCAUUCAUUCCUUCAAUUGUUCGAUUGCAUCUGUUUCCUUUCCUUAACUUGUAAAUACUUCUUAAGACGAGAACAAGCAAGGAAAGCUUCAGGUAAUUACUGGGAAUGAAGAACAUUUGUAUGAGAUGUUUUCUUUCAUCACAUGUUUUGUUUUGACCUAUGAUCAGGAGAGUCAUACAAAAGUACACAAUUGACUUACUAGUCAAGGGUAAUUUUUCUUCUCAUGAACCCAUAUUAUGUCAUUUCAGAUGGUUCUUUAACCCUCUGUUUAGGUAAUGACAUGAUUUCAGGUGCAAGUUGGUGUAAAUAAGCACGUUAAGUAAAUUUUUCAAAGUGAAAAAAAAUUGCAUGAGCCCAUACUGAUCUCAGUAAUCUCUUUUCCCCUCACUGUGUCUUAACAACAUCUUCAUUUGUUAUUGUAAGGAGAACUUACAGGCUGGACGGGUCCAGAGUCAAAAGGGUUUCAACCUUGGUAUAUUAUGUAUUUGUAUUACAGCCAUUCCACCUCGUGUCACUGAGGAAGCAGAUCGUAUGAUGCGAAAGCUACGAGAUCUUCAGACUCAAGUGGAUGAACGAUCCUCAGAUGUUGCCAGGAAAGAAUCUCAAAUGCACAUGUUGGAGGCAGAGAAAGAAUCUGCCAUCAAACGCCUCAGGGAUGCUGAAGGUGAGAUCUACUGGUACUAUGAAAUACAAGAUUGUUACUCCACCUCCCAUUUCUCUUCUGCUCCAUCUUCUGAACCCUUUAACUCCCAAUAUCUGGUUGUUCAUUCUCCCCUCCAGCUGUUACACAUUUCCUUGUAAAUUAGUUAAAAGAAUUUGGUGUAAGAUCAAUACAACAAAUUCUACCUGAUAAGUUUGAACAUUCUCAUAACAUAUUUGCUGAAAAAUGUACAGGUAUUUUAGGGAGAAGUUGCAUGUUAAUCACUAUUGGGAGUUAAAAGGUUAAUUCAAUUCCAAUGAGAAGACUAUUGCUCACAGUAGAUGACAAAAGAAAUAGCCUCCUCCCCCCAUGCCCACAUGUACACAAACCCAUAUACACACUCAAAGCAGCAGCACAAUGCUCUUUUAUCUUUUUGGACUUUGCUGGGCAUAUGAAUUUUUUGACUCUGUCUAUAUUUUGGAAAUACAUACCCCCUUCUUACCAAUCAAACCAGAAACUCAGGCUGGCUUUUUUUUACUAGCAGUCAGCUGUAGGCAAUGUUUAACUAAAUGCUUAUUUUAUCUCCAAUCUUGUGUCAACUUUUCUCCAGAGUCUCACGCAGCAGAGAAGCGUCAAUUAGUGAAUGAGAUAGUCUCACUGAAAAAGAUGUCUGACCUACGUGAACGUGAAAGUGCAAGACGAGAUGUGCAGGUACAUCAGUACAAGAGUGAAGCUGAUAAAGGACUGACUGCUUUACAAGAAGCAGAGAGAAAAGUGCAAAACUACAGAAUAGAGGUAGGUAGAAGGUUUACCAUCUCAAUGGCUCUGUCUCUAUAAAUCCUUUACAUCCUAACAUCAGUUUGCAUCUUCUCCAUACUGUUCUUCGUACAUUUCCUAAGGUGCUGACAGGGAGAAUUUGUGUAACAAUCAUGAGCUUCUUUAGUUGGUGAUCAUUUCUUAUAUUCUCUUGACCUUAAUGUUUGAUUCAGGGGUGAUAUUGUAAGGAGAAAUUAGAUGCUAGUCACUCUUUUGGGGUCAAAGGGUUAAAUGAGCAUUUUAAACAAGUUUUGUUGAGUUAUCAAGCCAUCACAAUGACCAAUCAUAGGAAAGGAGAAAAUUUUAAGGUAGCGAUAAGACAUCAAAGCAAAAAGCAGCCAUUUACAUGCAAACCAAAAGCCAAAUAAUCAAAACAGCUGAUCAGCAAGCAAACUGACUGAAACAUGGGAAUCAUCCCUCGUCGUGCAUGACACUCACCUCUUGCAUUCGUGGAUCACCAGUUGGGUGACAAGAUGGGCUUCUGAACCCAUUCACUCCCAAGAUCUUAUUAGUAAUUCUCCUUACUAUCUGCCAUACAAUUCUUAUGAUGUUAGUUCAGAGAAUUUGGUAUUGGAUCAACUAAUAAUCCCAUAAUUGAUAUUCUUCUCUAUUCACAUCACCUACCUGCUUGAUAUGGUAUUAAUAUUGUAAGGAGAAAUUCUGUCUUGGUCUCUUGUGGGAAUGAAAGGGUUAAGAAGAUCUGUAGAAUGCAUAUUAUUCCAUAGUCCUUCCUUUUCUUGGAUUUUUCUUAAAAGAUAUCAUUUACUGUAUUUCCUUGUUAUGACUUUUUCUGGAUCCACUCUAUGCUGUAUGUAAAAUAACAAAAAGAAAUGGUAUAGAAGGCCAAAUCUUUGGUAUUUUUUUUCAGCUGAAGUGUUAUGUUUAUCUACCAGAAUGCCGUCUCUUUAAUAUUAUCUACAGUAUGCCGUCUCUUUAAUAUACUGGUAGUUUACCUUUGUGUGCGUUUCUGUAUCUCUUUGUUUUUGUGUCCCUGACCUAAACAUUUAAACAUCUUUUCUUUCAACUGGCUGCCUGGCAUUUUUAACUCUUAGGUUAUUUCGGGCAGCCAGUGCCCCUAUCAUUGUCUGUACUAUUAUUAUAAAUUUUUCUUUCUUGUAUAUUUUGGGGUGAAAAAAAUAAAGUUGUUGUUGUUGUUGUUGUUAUGAUUUGAUUUUAGCUCGACCACAAGACUGAAGAUUUGAACAAUGUAAGAAUUGAACUUGAAGAGAGGAGAGCAGAAUGUUUGAAGCUUAAGACGCAGCUGCAAGAGAUGGAUGACAAGUUUUUUGACUCUCAAGCAAAAACAAAAGAGGAGUUAGGAAGGGCACUCAGGGUGAGGACAGACUACUGUUACUACAUGAAUUGCACUGUCAAGGAUUGUGCAAAUUGAGUUUACUCUGUUAUUUUGCAGGAAGAGAUUCGCCAAUUAAGACUACAGUUAAAAGAGAAAGAAAUAAAUGCUGAACAGGACAGAAGCUUGAGAAACAAGGUAAAUAUUCUUGAAAAAUUACCUUUUGAAAGAGCCGGGCUCGAUUUGUGAGCCUGAAAAGUUUUGCCUGUUGCAACCAUCUUCGCUCACCUUUAGCUUGUUCAGUGGCCUCUGUAGUAUUUGUUCACCCAAGUAAAGUAAAAUUUUAAGGUGUUAUUCAUUAUUACCCAGUUUCCAUACCAUGAUAAUAGUUAUUUUGUUUAUCCAUAAUUGUAUCACUAUGGAAUAGUUCUUUGACAAUACCGUUUUUUUUUUUUCAGAUCCAGGAUGAUUGCACUGCAUUAAUAAAAGAAAAUGCUGCUAUAUCUGCUCAGGUCGUAGAACUUAGAAAACAAAUAGAUAUGGUAAGUCCCAAAUUUUCAAAUUUGUUUGAGUGAUUUUGUUAACAGUGUUGUCUGUAAAGGGGAUAACAUGAUUUCGAAUGUAGUUUGAAGUUCAUAGGCACGAGUAAAAUUUUCAAAGACAACAAAACCGCACGAGCCCGUAGGGCAGGUGCAAUUUGUAGUCUUUGAAAAAUUUACAAGUGCUUAUUACACCAAAUUACAAGAGAAAUCAUGUCAUUACUUGUUAAUAACGUGAAUGAAAAACAUCACAGAGAGUCAAGACAGUCGAAGUUUUGAAAGCGUGCGCGGGCUAUUUGUAAUUUGAACUCGUGUUACAACUUUGCAAUCGUGUUGCAUGAGAAUGCUCUCGUUUUCAGCUAAUGAGAAGCGCGUAAUUUUUCAUGUACAUUAUUAUGAGGUAAGGAGUAUCAAAAGAACUUUCUCGCCAAUACAAAUGGUCACACCACAUUCUAUCCGCUUACUCACUAUCUAUCAUGGAACAGAUAGCGAGAGGCGAAACCAAUCAGAUUGUAGAAUAAGUCAACGAAUAAGUAGAUUUAUACUAAUGGAUAUUGCUUGCCUUUUAUUGUUUUCACGCGAUCACGCGCGAUUGUGUAGCUUUUCCGCGCUUUUAACCGGUUAUGAGCAAUACAGAUAAAUUCAUUAACGAUCGUGAUCAGCAGAAUUUUGGUUUAAAAAGGAAAACAAUUAUAGUAAUCAUAAUGUUUUUUUUCUCUUUAGGAUCGUGCUCAUAAGGACGAGAAAGAUUUUCGUCGACACGCAAACAUCCAAGAGCUUGUGGCUCUGAAAGAAAGCGAGAAACACCUACAGCAUGAGCUUGAACGAAUCAAGGAGCUGCUAAAAAUUGAACAGCAAAAUCACAGGGAGACCCUUGCCAAGGUAUUUUGAAUUACGGCGCGUUUCUAUUGCUUUUUCGCGAAACCGAAACGGAAGGAAUCAAUAUGGCCAAUCAAAAGCGGAAAAACACUGCAACGAGCCAAUGAGAACUCGUGUCAUGCAGACUUCAUGAAGCGCGGGAAAAUGCGAGUGAAUUCUUGCUCCUGAUUGUUUGAGAGGGUUGCGGAAGUUUUUAAAAGCAAUCACAGAAAGCCGAUAAAAAAAGAUCAUAACCAAUGGAUUACUUGCGACGCGCAACGAAGUUGCUCUAUCAAAGGUUUUAGGUGACUCUGUCCAGUUUACCCUAAUACUCUUAAAAUGUUUUCGUGGCGUAAACCAAUUUCGUUGCAUCGAUUUUGACUAAUAUUGAUUUGAGUCUUCGUUUCUUCAUCUAUCUUUUUGUUUUAUAAAGUUGUCAAGAGAAGAGCAAGCUUCCCUAGAAGGUAAAUAUUUUAGUUCAAACUCUCUAACACUGCUUAAAAAAUCAUGAAUUUUAAACCCGCGGUUUUUGUUAAAGUCGAUUUAAAUGAAAAAAGUAAAUGAAAAGAAGAAAUGAACAGAUGGCAAAAGGAAUUUAUUUAAUAAAGCAUACAGGUUUAACUCUCAUGACAUCUUUCCUUGCAGCGAACUUGAAGCGAACUCAACUCCGUAACGAAUUAAACGAAGUGGAGGGACACCAAGACUCAACUAACUCAGAGAACGUGGCUCUAAAGAGAGAUAAACUGCUCCUCGCUGACGAAGUAGCGAACUUAAACGCAAAGGUACUAUAUAGCGACAAAACAAGUUAAAGCAUGAAUCAUGUAUCCUCGUUGAAGUAUCGAUUCUUACCCGCCUGGUUGCCAUACUAGUGCGAAAGCUGCUGAAAUUUUUCUUGGGGACCUAAACUCAGCCACUUUUUCCAUAUCUUUACCCACGGGUAUGUCACCCUUCACUUGUGGGUGUGAACCUUUUCACUCGCGGGUAUGUCACCGUUCACUCGCGGGUAUGCCACUUUUCACUCGCGGGUAUGUCACCGUUCACUUGCGGGUAUGCCACUUUUCACUCGCGGGUAUGUCACCCUUCACUCGCUUGUAGACCACGUUUCACUCGCGAGUAUGUCACCGUUCACCCGUGAGUAUGCCACUUUUCACACGCGGGUAUGUCACCUUUCUUCUGCGGGUAUACCGCUUUUCACCCGCGGGCAUGUCACCUUUUACUCGUGGGAGUGUCACUUUUCACUCUUGGGCUUAUCGCCUUUCACUCGUGGGUUUGUCACCUUUCACUCGCGCGUAUGAUAUCUUCCUCUCGCGGCUAUGUCACCUUUCGCUCGCGGAUUUGCCACCCCUCACUUGUGGGCAUGUCACCUUUCAACAGUUCAACCGCGGAUCUGCCCAGACAUACCCGAAAUCUCUUCUUUUGCAAUAAAGCAUUCAUUCUUGUGGUCUCAUAGUCUACUGUUUUCAUUUACUCAUGUCAAUGUUUUUUCUCACAUACUAGCUUGACGAACGUGACGAAGAAGUAGAGCGCCUCAAACUGCGACUUGAAGACUCCGAGUCGCGCUGCUCGCAUAUGGAAUCCAAAGUUCGAAUGCAACGAAGCUUGGAAUCCAUCAAAUGGGAAGAGUUUGAGAAGCUGGCCACAACCAUGAGAGAAUUCUCCCGCUCGAUGAGUCCAUCAAAAAGUGGUAGCUUGGUGGAUUACUAGACGUGUUUCCUUUUUAACUUUUCAGUUCUUCUAGAAUGCAAAACCAACCCCAUCAUUUGGUUUGACAGAGAUUCCUUUGGUUAAGAGCUGUUAUAAAUCCGUUUUCGUUUUAUAUUCUGAUAAGUUCAUUCUGUAAUUCCAGAGCGCUGUGGUAUCUUUGCUUAUUUGCAACGUUACACGGCGAGUUGCAGCAACCUUUACAGUGCCAAGGGCACCAAAGGCCUUAAAAGGCAUCACAUGCCUAUCGUAAAAGGCUUUUUGCAAUUAGUGGCCCAUAUACAAGUACAAAACUCACGUUACUUGAGAGGAAAUGAGGAGGAAAAUUUCAGUUCGUUUGCCUUUUUGGGUGUCUAAGGCGAAUUUACUUGGGAGAGAUUUGCGCAUUAGAGUAUUCGAUAGAAAAGGAAUUUAAAUUCAUUUGCCGUUUUGGAUACCUAAGGCGCAAAUUUGCCCCCCAGGAAGGUCUUUGGUAUCUAAGAUUACUGACUGAAAUGAGCCUGUUUUAACUGUAAACAUUUUUAUAUAAGUGUAUCAGCUUUGACCUGUUCCGGGGUUUUGUUAGUGAAAGAGCUGCCGAUGGUAGCGAAAAACUCGACAAAGACUUUGGAAGCUCCGUUUACUGACUCAACGAUCUGGUCCUCACAACGAGAAAAACGUAAGCACAAGCCAGCAUAUGAGCUGUACGGUGGUGCUUUUCGUUAGAAUCCUUCCGAGCAAGUGACGUUUUGAUAUACACACUUGCUCGACUCGUUUUUGAAAACCAGCCUCAUGGGUUUGACUUCCGUUAGAGUCCACUUCCGCUUUUGCGUAUGUUUGUCUUCCGGUUCUGUUUAAGCCGACAUCCGCUGGCCGUUACAAGGAAACUUCAUAAGACUAUCCUUAACCAGGAAAUCAUUAAAGAAUUAUAUGUAGUGAUAAUUUUGCAUUUUCCCCCUUUUUUUUCCAAGUUUUUAACUUUUUUACCUCUCUUAGAUUUUGGUGGUUAUUUUCUUUUUCCUCAAUACCUGUACGUUUAACAAUGUCUUGACAAUGUAAAGAGAAAUUAGAAAGGGAUGAGCAGAGUGUUUAAGUGUGAAAAUGGUUUUAAAAAAGAACUGCAUGGAACUAUGAAAAAAAUUAUUAAGAAAACCAUUUUUAAUUUAUUGUGAUAUUAAUUAUAACUUUCUGUUGUUUGAAAGAA